GCUUCUCGAUUCUAUGCUGUCCUCAUUGGUAUCGAUGCGUAUGCUUCCUACUCGUUGCACGGUUGUGUAUCAGAUGUACUUUUGAUGGAGAAGUACUUGACCGAGGACCUCGGUGUUCCCAAAGAUCGCAUCCAGCUAAUGGUCGGAUCCAAGGAGCAUGCAUCCCCUAAAGAUCCAAUGAACCCCUCCCGUGUUCACAUCAUCAACGCCCUUCUCGGUCUCAUUACCCACUCCGAGAUCGCGUACGGCGACAAUAUUGUCGUUUACUUCUCAGGCCAUGGCUCAUACCACCCACCGGAGGAAGAUGACGAUGAAUAUAUAGAAACGCUGUGCCCCAUCGAUCGCGAUAUUUUGGAUGCCAACGGUGCCAAUCCCGUUCCCGACAUCAGUGAUCGCGAAUUCAACACCAUCCUACGUCUGAUAUCUCAGGCAAAGGGACCUCGUAUCACCGUCAUUCUUGACUGU